GUAGAUAUUGAGGAGCAUUCUACCUAAUGUAAAGUUUUAAAUCUCUGUGAUGGCUACGCAACAGUCAGUAUUAGUAUUGGUAUUAAUGUUUCUAGUAUUCCAAAUCAGCGAGCAGAAAAAUGCACUGAAAGCAGUCAUUGAAAAAAUGAGCUUCCUUAUUUCUGUCAAUCAUGACGAUCACAUAUUCCAAAGAUGUUCUGCAACAUCACAAACCCCCAUGCUGGACAGUGAUGGCCCUCUGAACAAAACGAAUGCUGUAAAUAUCUCUGGAUGUGACAGCGGAAAAUUUAUGUUUGAUGUCAAACAUCCUCAUUGGCUACCAGACCCAAGAGCCUUACUUGUCGUGAAUGUCCAUUUUUACUCUUCCUAUCUGGACAAUCCUGUAGUUUGCAGCAUUCCCUGGAAUAUUUCAUAUCAGUUUCCAGCAGGACCAAAAUCGUCUUCUUUGCCAGGUUGUUUCACAAAAACUGUUCAAUUGGUUGACAAUGCCUUGUACAUGGAACAUUGUUUUUAUUUCAAAAUUUAUGACUGGAUUCCUCAUGACACGAAUGCUAAACCAUUUCUACAUCAUUCUGAAUUAAAAUAACUGGAUAAAUUUACUUUCACAUUGUAAUUGCAUUGUGUAUCUGCAUAUGAAUUUAUUCAAAAGCUUUUCCAUGAAAAAGGAAAAUAUCUUGCCGUGGCCUUCACCUCGACAUUUAGAUACAUGUAUUAUGAAGAUGUUUUUUUAUAUUGAUAAUACACAUUUUCAUUCAUAUGUCGAUUCGAUGUAUCCCAGUGAACUUGAAAUAAAAGACACUAUAUAGUC